AUGUACCGCAAACGGGAGAUUAAUUUUAACAAGCAAGAUUCGCGCACCCUGCUGCAGGUGCUGGAUGAUCAGAAAAUUAUGGAAGCGAUGAAACAGUCGCGACUGGCUGCUGAUGCGCAGGCAACGUUAGCGCUGGUGGAUGUUGAGGAUAUUGAAGAUGAUGUACAGGGUAAUGAGUCUCCGGCAGGUCAUGCAGGGGGCGGCGGUGGUGGCGGAGGAGGUGGGGGUGGAGUUCUUAGCGGUGCUCUCAGUCUAUCCCAGGAGGAUAUCGUUGGUGUGCUGCCCAAUGAAAUCUCUGCCCCGUACGAGGUUCCACAGUUCCCGAUCGAGCAGAUCGAGAAGAAGCUCCAGCUCCAACGACAGCUAAACGCCAAAGUGAUGGAGCAGGAUAGGCACUCGAUUGCACCGGAAGUACAUCCGGACGAACAGCUGCCGUUCGACGAACAUGAUUUCGUCGCCCACUUCCAGCGGGUGUCGAUCUCGGGCGAAGACACCAGCGGCGUACCAUUGGACGAUCUUGAGCGAGCCUCCACACUGCUGGUGAAGGCGUUGGAGCUACGCGAGAAGUAUAUGCGCAACUCGCACCAAGCGUUCCCCCAGACGACGGCACGCUUCCUGAAGUCGACACACUCGAGUACGAUCACGCACCAGGAACGCAAAUCUAUCGCUGACCAUCCAGUGAACCCGCCCCAAAGCACGCAGUCACCAUGGGUCGUUGAUAUACCGGAGGACUUGAACUACAGCAUCCGGCCGGUGCACGGUGUGUUUGAGGUGUUCCCAACCGCAGACACAACGGAACCGCUCCCUUACCAUUACACACGUCUGCCCGACUUUGUCCAGGACAUGCAGAUGAUGUGCUCGAUGAUUGCGGACGGGCCGCUGAAAUCAUUCUGCUACCGCCGGCUGAGCUAUCUGUACUCCAAGUUCCAGCUGCACGUGCUGCUGAACGAACUGCGGGAGCUCGCGUCGCAGAAGGCGGUACCGCACCGUGACUUCUACAACAUCCGCAAGGUGGACACGCACAUCCAUGCGGCGAGCUGCAUGAACCAGAAGCAUUUGCUACGCUUCAUCAAGAAGACGCUGAAGAACAGUGCGGACGAGGUGGUGACGGUUACCAAGGGUACACCGAUGACGCUCGCCCAGGUCUUUCAAUCAAUGAACCUGACGACGUACGAUCUGACGGUGGAUAUGUUGGAUGUGCAUGCGGACCGCAACACCUUCCACCGGUUCGACAAGUUCAACGCAAAGUACAAUCCGAUCGGUGAGUCGCGGUUGCGCGAGGUCUUCCUCAAGACGGACAACUACCUGAACGGCAAGUACUUUGCGAACAUCAUCAAGGAGGUGGCGAGUGACUUCGAGGAGAGCAAGUACCAGAACGCCGAGUUGCGGCUGUCGAUCUACGGCAAAUCGCCGGACGAGUGGUACAAGCUGGCCAAAUGGGCCAUUGACGGUAACGUGUACUCGGACAACAUCCGCUGGUUGAUACAGAUACCGCGUCUCUAUGACAUCUUUAAGACGAACCAGCUGAUGUCCUCGUUCCAGCAGAUUCUGGACAACGUGUUUAAGCCCCUGUUUGAAGCGACCAACAACCCAAGCCAGCAUCCCGAGAUACACACCUUCCUGCAGUAUGUGAUCGGGUUCGACUCGGUGGACGAUGAGUCAAAGCCGGAGAACCCACUGUUCGACGGGGAUGUGACACCACCGGCCCAGUGGACGGACGAGGAGAAUCCACCGUACGCCUACUACAUCUACUACAUGUACGCCAACAUGACCGUACUGAACCACUUCCGAGCGGCGCGCGGCAUGAACACGUUCGUGCUUCGACCCCAUUGUGGCGAGGCCGGCCCGGUACAGCAUCUCGUCUGCGGCUAUCUGAUGGCGGAGAACAUCUCGCACGGGUUGCUACUGCGCAAGGUGCCGGUACUGCAGUACCUUUACUAUCUUGCCCAGAUCGGUAUCGCCAUGUCACCGCUGUCCAACAACUCACUGUUUCUGAACUACGACCGCAAUCCGUUCCCGGAGUAUCUGGCCCGCGGGCUGGUCGUGUCACUCUCCACCGACGAUCCACUCCAGUUUCACUACACCAAGGAACCACUGAUGGAGGAGUACAGCAUUGCGGCACAGGUGUGGAAGCUUAGCUCGUGCGAUAUGUGUGAGCUGGCGCGGAACAGUGUGCUGAUGUCAGGAUUUCCGCACAAGAUGAAGCAGCACUGGCUUGGACCGAACUACACGCGCGAAGGUGUGGCCGGUAACGACAUUACCCGCACGAACGUACCGGACAUACGUGUCGCGUUCCGGUACGAGUCGCUGCUAGACGAGCUGGCCAACAUCUUCAAAGUGAACAACGAGCAGAAGAUGCAGUACGCCGCACAACAGUAAAAACCACCGCGCAACACCCGUCCGCACAUUCUUGGGCCCGUCCUUUUCUCUUCGUUGUGCUUUCUCAAUCACUCCUCUCUCUCUCUCUCUCUUUCUCUCUCUCUUUCCCUUUAACAUUCUAUUUGGUCUCUUUGGCCUUUUAUUCACUGUUUGGGACGGGCCCUGUGACGAGGUUUGUGCGUGUAUGUAACAAGGACUAUCGUUGUGAUAAAAUGGUACACCCACAGCUUAUCUCGAUGGUUUCAUGCGUUUCUUGUGAGUGUGCGCUUGUGUGUGUGUGUGUGUGCUUAUUGUUUUCUUCGUCUUCUUCCUGGUUCUUCGAGUCUUCAUUACUAGAGCAAUAGCGGCUCCUUCUUACUCGUUCGUUUGUUGUUGCUAGAUUGUGGGUGAUAAGAUCGGACAACAUAGCAGGUUUUCAGGUUUUCCAACGUCGGCCUCCAUCGUCGUUUCGAACCGCUUAGCAAACGGGUCGACCACUCUCAUUAAUUGUAAUUUUCAAUAUAAAAACCAACCAAAUCAUUAGGAACCAAUCGUAAAUGAAAUAGAUACAAACACACACAUUAUAUAGCAGUUAAUAAAGAUACACUAUUUAUAUAUAAAUCUAUAUAUCUAUAGAGAUCUAUAUAUAUAUAGAAAUAUAUAUCUAUAUACAUAUAUAUAUAUAAAGAGAUACACAGAGU